AUGGAUACAACAACGGUUCUAGAUGAAGAAGAUACGACGGUUCUAGAUAAGGAUCCUCAACCGUCGGAUUUCAUGACCCCUUCUGACAUCGUCGAAUCUUCCUUUCUGUCUCCCAUUUGGUACAUCAAUCAUUGCUCUACUCUUCACUUUUCCUCUCUUCCCGCCAUGAGUGUACGAAUUUUGACAUCUCCCUUCACGCUUCGAAUACCAAUAAAACGGUUACUUGUGAUCUUCUGCAUCAUUAACUUGUUAAACUACAUGGAUCGUGGUGCUAUAGCGAGCAAUGGUGUCAAUGGAAGUACCAGAACUUGUGAUGGUAAGGGCAAAUGCAACCCUGCAACUGGAAUUCAGGGACAUUUCAAUCUAAGUAAUUUCGAAGAUGGUGUGUUGUCAUCUUCAUUUAUGGUUGGACUUCUUAUUGCAUCACCAAUCUAUGCUUCAUUAGCAAAAAGUUUCAAUCCAUUUAGACUCAUUGGAGUAGGCUUAACUGUUUGGACUAUUGCAGUUCUUGGUUGUGGCAGUUCCUUUGCCUUUUGGUUUAUCGUCUUCUGUCGCAUGUUCGUUGGUGUAGGUGAAGCUUCUUUCAUCAGUCUUGCAGUUCCGUUUAUAGAUGAUAAUGCUCCUCACAAACAGAAAGCUGUGUGGCUUGGUGUGUUCUACAUGUGUAUACCAAGUGGUGUUGCUUUGGGCUAUGUCUAUGGCGGAUACGUUGGAAAACAUUUUAGUUGGCGCUAUGCGUUUUGGGGAGAAGCUGUAUUAAUGGCUCCAUUUGCUGUUCUUGGUUUCUUGAUGAAACCUUUGCAGUUAAAAGGGUUUCCUUCUACUGAUUCGAUAAAGAUGGCUUCAUCAGUUGGUAAAAACAAGAAUCAUCUUCAAGCUGGUGGUAAUGAGAUUGAGAUCUCCAUUGAAACUUACAAGUCAAGUUACAUGAACGCAGUUUCGAAAUCGUUUACUCAGUUUGCGAAAGAUAUGAAAGUUCUAUGUAAAGAAAAGGUCUUUGUUGUUAAUGUCUUAGUGGGACACUAUCAGCGUGUCACCGCAACAAUUCCAAAUGCUUUUAAGCUUUUAUCCGGAGCAACGUUUCUUGGAGCGAUCUUUUGCUUCACUGCAUUUACCUUAAAGAGUUUAAACGGUUUCAUCGCUCUCUUUGCCUUAGGAGAGCUUCUUGUGUUUGCUACACAGGCUCCUGUGAACUAUGUGUGUUUACAUUGUGUGGAACCAAGUUUGAGACCAUUAUCAAUGGCUAUCUCUACCGUUGCGAUUCACAUAUUUGGCGAUGUUCCUUCUUCUCCUCUUGUCGGUAUCGUUCAGGAUCAUAUCAACAGUUGGAGAAAAACAGUAUUGAUUCUUACAUCGGUUCUGUUCUUAGCUGCUGCAAUAUGGUUUAUAGGGAUAUUCAUAAACAGUGUAGAUCGUUUUAAUGGAGAAGAAAGUGAAAGUGAGAAGCAGAGGAGGCAAGAACAAUCGAUUUGCAGUUUCAAUCCAUUUAGACUUAUUGGAGUAGGCUUAACUGUUUGGACUGUUGCAGUUCUUGGUUGUGGCAGUUCCUUUGCCUUUUGGUUUAUCGUCUUAUGUCGCAUGUUCGUUGGUGUAGGUGAAGCUUCUUUCAUCAGUCUUGCAGCUCCGUUUAUAGAUGAUAAUGCCCCUCACAAACAGAAAGCUGUGUGGCUUGGUGUGUUUUACAUGUGUAUACCAAGUGGUGUUGCUUUGGGCUAUGUCUAUGGCAGAUACGUUGGAAAACAUUUUAGUUGGCGCUAUGCGUUUUGGGGAGAAGCUGUAUUAAUGGCUCCAUUUGCUGUUCUUGGUUUCUUGAUGAAACCUCUACAGUUAAAAGGGUUUCCUGCUACUGAUGCUACUGAUUCUAUAAAGAUGGCUUCAUCAGUUGAUGCAGAGACAUCUAAAAACAAGAAUCAUCUUCAAGCUGGUGGUAAUGAGAUUGAGGUCUCCAUUGAAACUUCAACUUGUGGCAGGUCAAAUUACAAGAACGCAGUUUCGAAAUCGUUUACUCAAUUUGCUAAAGAUAUGAAAGUUCUGUGUAAAGAAAAGGUCUUUGUUAUUAAUGUCUUAGGUUAUGUAUCAUACAACUUUGUUAUUGGAGCAUACUCAUAUUGGGGACCAAAGGCUGGUUAUAACAUUUACAAAAUGAAAAACGCCGAUAUGAUCUUUGGGGCAGUAACUAUCAUUUGUGGGAUCAUUGGGACAUUAUCAGGAGGGUUUAUACUCGAUCGAGUCACUGCAACAAUUCCAAAUGCUUUUAAGCUUUUAUCCGGAGCAACGUUUCUUGGAGCGAUCUUUUGCUUCACUGCAUUUACCUUAAAGAGUUUAAACGGUUUCAUUGCUCUCUUUGCCUUAGGAGAGCUUCUUGUGUUUGCUACACAGGCUCCUGUGAACUAUGUGUGUUUACAUUGUGUGGAACCAAGUUUGAGACCAUUAUCAAUGGCUAUCUCUACCAUUGCGAUUCACAUAUUUGGCGAUGUUCCUUCUUCUCCUCUUGUCGGAUCAUAUCAACAGUUGGAGAAAAACAGCAUUGAUUCUUACAUCGGUUCUGUUUUUAGCUGCUGUGUAAAAGGGAUAUUCAUAAACAGUGUAGAUCGGUUUAAUGGAGAAGAAAGUGAAAGUGAGAAGCAGAGGAGGCAAGAACAAUCGAUUGUAACUCCAUAAAUAAAUACUAUAUAGC